AUGAAGUCUUCCGCUUCAACCCUUUCACUCGCCCCUCCACUAUCCAGCCUCCGGUCUCGCGCGCAGGUCGGGCAAGGGCGAAAACUGAAGCUCCUUGAGUCCAAGACCGCGCUUCCGCUUGCGCAGCAAACUGGCCUGUGCCCGCCGCAGGCUCAACCAGGACGGCUGGCUCUCGCGGAACGAACGCCGGGUUCUUCAGCAACGUCUUUCCGACCCUCGCCACGCCAGCCUGUCCCUCCGAACAUCCUCGGCCACGUGCCCAUCCCUGAUCCCUCCGACCUCGGGGACGACGAGACGGUCCCCGACGGCCCGCCCGGAUCGCAAACGGCCGACAAGCUACCCAAGAACGCCCCAGCACAGUCCGGAUAUACAGCAAGACGGGGCUACAACGCAUUGCCUGCGGCGCUCGUUCGUACGACUCCGCCCGGAUCCGUAUACCCGUACUCCGGAAGCUCCGACGGAUCGUAUCGCUGCUCCCAGGACAUGAACUUCGCCGACUUCUCCGCGCGUCCGGGGUGCCCUCCGCCGUCCGCGUCUCCUGGCUCGUCUUCUGCGUGCAGUGGGGCAGGGGAAACGAACGCGCGUGGCUCUGCACGGUCUACGCAGGUGAAGAACGCCACGAGGGCGGCGACGGCUAUUCCCGCUGUGGUACCGGCGGAAAGAGUCUUCUUGGUGGCGUUUGAAGCUGAAAGAGAAGUGGUUGGAGAUGAUCCAGUCGUCGAGGAAAAGGGCAUAUCGGUCAAAGUGAUGGGUGCGGUGGAAGAGAUCUGA